AACACCGGAAACGGAAACCGUCCACAGUCUCCUCGAAGGAUUCUCUGGCUAUUAUCGAGAGAGAGCAGUGCAGUAGGAUGGACGCUCAGUGAAGACGAACCUUCCCUCCAACGCUGCGCAGUCGUAUAUAAACAGGACGAAACAACAGGCAACAUGACGUCCUCAAUGCUUCGUAGACAGCUGAAGAACCUGGUCCAGAAUUAUUCUGAGGCUGAGGUCAAGGUGAGAGAGGCGACUUCCAAUGACCCAUGGGGCCCGUCCAGCACUCAGAUGGCCGACAUCUCAGACCUCACCUACAAUGUUGUGGCCUGUAAUGAGAUCAUGACCAUGCUGUGGAAACGACUGAAAGAUGACAGGAACUGGAGACACAUUCAUAAGUCUUUGACUCUUCUGGAGUACCUGUUGAAGACUGGUGAUGACCGCGUGCUUCUCAAGAUGAAAGAUAACAUCUACAUCGUCAAAGCUCUGACUGAGUAUCGCUUUACAGAGAAGGAUGGAAAAGACCAGGGCGUGAAUGUGAGAGAGAAGGCAAAGGUUGUGCUGGUUCUCAUGGAAGACGAUGACAAGCUCAAAGAAGAACGAGACUUUGCCGUCAAAACCAGAGAGAAGACCUCCAAAGGCGCUGCGGCCUCAUCUACAGAUGCUGUCAAAGAUCCAAACUACAAGCCUUGUUAUGUUCCUGGAGCGACCGGCCUUCCGUCUUUGGACAACAUUCCUUCUGUGGCUGACUUGACUGCUUCAUUUAAUGCUCGCAAGGAAGAGCGAUUGAAACAAGAAGCUCAAAAGAAGGAGGAUGAGAGGAGGGCAAAGCUGAGUGAAGAUGAGCUGAAAUGGGAGGAUGCGAGCAAAGGUGCGCUUCGAGGAGAUGCAUGGGGAGAACAGAAGGCUGAGGAAGAGGAGAAAACGGAUGCCUGGGGCGGAUCUGCAGAGCCAUCCAAGUCCACAACGCCUGAUGAUGAUGCAUGGGGUGCUGCGCCUAAAAAGGAUUCAUUUGACAACAGUAAGGAAGACCCAUUCGCCCCCGCGAAGAAUGGAGACGAUUCGUUUUCAUCACCAACAAACUCGGAGGAUCCAUUUGCAGUAAAGAAUAGCUCAGAUCCUUUCAAUGCGCCAAAGGAAGACCCUUUUAAAGGUGCAAGUAAUGGAGCUGAUGGCUUUGAUGGACCUAAAGAGACAGAGGAUCCGUUUAAUGCACCUAAGGAUGAUCCAUUUAAAGCACCCAAGGAUGAUCCGUUUAAAACACCUAAAGAUGAUGCGUUUAACACACCAAAAGAUGAUCCAUUCAACACACCAAAAGAUGAUCCAUUCAACACACCAAAAGAUGAUCCAUUCAACACACCAAAAGAUGAUCCAUUCAACACACCAAAAGAUGAUCCAUUCAACACACAGAAAGAUGAUCCAUUCAAUACACCUAAAGAUGAUCCAUUUAACACACCUAAGGAUGAUCCAUUUAAUGCCCCAAAAGAUGAUCCGUUUACAUCCUCCAAGGAUGACUCAUUUAAUGCACCAAAGGACGAUCCGUUUACAGCAUCGAAAGAUGAUCCAUUCGCAGUACAGAAGGACGAUCCGUUCACAGCAUCUAAAGACGAUCCGUUCACGGCGCAGAAGGACGAUCCGUUUACAGCAUCUAAAGAUGAUCCGUUCACAGCAUCUAAAGACGAUCCGUUCACGGCACAGAAGGACGAUCCGUUCACAGCAUCUAAAGACGAUCCGUUCACGGCACAGAAGGACGAUCCGUUUACAGCAUCUAAAGAUGAUCCAUUCAGCACUCCAAAAGAUGAUUCAAGUAGCUCACCAAAGGAUCCAUUUAGCAAUGAUAAAGAUGAAGCGAUUAGCUCCCCUAUAAAUGAUCCAUUUGGAACGUCUAAGGAUGAUCCGUUCUGUGCUCCGAAAGAAGCUCUUGUAUCGCCAACUUCCCCGAAGGAUGCAUUCUCUGCGGCCAGUCAAGACGAUCCAUUUGCUGCCCCCACUUCGCCACCUAAACGCGACUCCCCCAAAGAGGACCCUUUCACUGAACCCGCAACACAAGCCGACCCGUUCAACGCUCCGACCAGCCCCUUAACGGAAUCGGCUGCAUUUGUGCCCAGCUCACCACCUGCGUCAGAUCCUUGGGGGGAUGUAUCAUCUCCACCGGGGGAAACAAAAGGUGCAGACCCUUGGGGAGACGGCGUGGAUGGUUCCUCUGUAGUGGACAGCUCCGACCCAUUUGGUGAUGGCUCAAAGGCUGACGACCCCUGGGGAGCACCAGCUGUGGCGCCGACCAGCACUGAUGAUGCGUGGGGUUCCCCUGCUCCUCCCACAGACUCAUCCCCAAGUGACCCAUUCGGAGAUGCUAAAAACAGUGAUCCCUGGGGGGCGCCCAGCACCAACAGCACAGGAACAGUUCAAGUGACAGACUGGAACAGGAUGGCUGAUUUGUUUUUUGGCUCAGCUGGUUCUUCGCUGGUCCACCUCGAUCACCUGUUGUCAUCCAACUCAGUCCAGACUCCCGGCUUUGUUUCUCAUCAUUUCCCAGGAGUCGCUAAAACCUCCAUCAUGGCUAGGCCCUCAGCUCCUCCUCCCCGAAGUCCCACCUCCAUCCUUGCUGCAGCUAACCCUUCACCCAUCGCACCUUUCGGAGCGUCAAUCACUCCCGGUCAAACCCCACUCCUUCAUCCGCCUUUUCGAGCCACUAGAGGGCGCGAGCCAGCCAUAAAUCUGCCGGGGGAUGCAGAGGUCGCGCAUCUAUUUUCUCCUGCGUGGAACAGACCUGAGAUGGGACUUCAAACCACCCCUGGAUUCUUGAGAUUCCCGGAGUCAAACACAGGAAAGCGGUUGGUCCAUCCCAGUGUUUCUGCCCCGGUUCAUCAAUCAGGACCACAGCCGUUGUUGAAGGGCCCUAACAAGUCCAAAGGAACAAAUCCCUUCCUGCUCUGAAGAGCUGAACAUGGAUGCAAUUACAUUCUUGGCUUCAAGCAAGCUUCUAUUCCAUCAUAUUUACCUGCACAUUAAAGCCUGACUGAAGCGACCAGCCGUCAGAUCCCUCUUUGUUUUGUGGACGGCCAGAGUGAGUCUUCAUGUUCAUGGGACCAGGUGAAACCUGGCAGAUAAAUCGAGUGUGAGGAGGUUCCUCUCGCCGAGUGAGUGUUCGUGUGUGAAUUCAAUAUUGUGCUGAUGUAAAUACUCACUGUAAUCACAUGACCUAUAGUGUAUAUCAGAGUAUUUAUUGAUGUAUUUAUGGCUUGAAUAUUUAUUGAUGCAGCGAAGGCCAGCAGCCAAUCAGGUUAACUCUUGUUCGCGCAUGAUCGUUCAUCAAUCGACUCAGUGACCAACUGUGGCUUUAUCUCUCCUGAUGUUUUGGUUCAUCGUGUGAGUGAUCGGUGUUUCUCUGUAGUUCCCGCUGUUAGACGACCAACACAAGUGUAUUCGUGUGAGAUGUUCAGCCGCGACAAGCUGGAGAAUAAAACAGUUUGAGUUUCCUGUUAAUGGGCAUCGCUGCUUUUGUGGUUUCACAUGUUUUCAGGUGUUACGUUUUUGUCUGAUAGUUACAACAUUAUUAGAUAGUAGCGACAUUAAGGAAACGUUGUUGUGUUUUCUUACCAUUUCCUAGUUGAUAUUAUCUAAAAAAGGAGCUAAAAACAUGAAAACAGCAGAGAUGUUGCGUACUGACAUUUUAAUUUUGUGUUAUGUGAAAAACCAUGCAUUUCAGGGUUAACAUUCUAACAGUGUUUUAACACUUUAUUACAUGACUUUUUUCAUUUAUGGGAGGGGAAUAUAAUUCACCCUACUUUGGGUGGACCUUCGGCUGCUUAUUAUUGAUAAGAAAAGUCGCUUACAAAUUCAAUUGUAUUUCUUAUAAAUUAACUUUUUUUGAUGAUGGAUGAUCCACAUUUUCCCGCCUCUAAACUUAACGUCAUAUUUUCGCGUGUCCCCGGUCUAUUCUCACAGUGCUUUCUAUGUUUUUUAACCAGCAACAGAUAGCACUUGUAUCUGACUGUGCUUUCAGUCAAAUCCCCAACUAACUUUGAAUGUAUGUGGAUGAACUUUUACUUGUGGGUUUUACUGGUUUUAGUGAUAGAUCUACAUUUAUUUAAGUGUCUGAAGAGUAUUUAAUAGUGGGAAUUAUCAAAAUGUGUUUGUAGAAGAGCUUUGAUUCUUUAAUGACCCUGCAGACUUGAGGGCAUCGAUCACCGGCUUGUUUAAGUCUGGUUCAUGCUGAUGGUAAUGUCAUGUCAAAAACACUGGAUCUCCCACCCAGAUCCUGGCUGUUAAGUCUAUAUAGGAAUCAGAUCCGUCCAGGUCGGAUCCACCAGGAGGUGCAGUUAUAUUUUGA